GUUCUUUGUGUAGAUGUUUUGUGUCACUUUGUGGUCAUUUUGCGCCAUGUCUCUUUGAGUGACGUUUUAUAGGUGAGGGGUCGGGGGGGCCCUGGACACAAUGGGCCCCUGGUCCUGUUCCCGGUAGCCCCCUGUUCAGUAACCCACACAUUCCCUGAAUCUCUCCAAAGACUUCUUAACCUGCCUGUCAGACGUCCAUAUUCAUCGGCAGAGCGCUGAACAUCUACCCGCUGUCCUUCCUUCUCAACCUCGGCAGGAGGCACAAGAUCAAGGGGAACUUCCAGCACAUGAUGAUGUUUGCAGGUCUGCGCGGGGCGAUGGCGUUCGCGUUGGCCAUCCGGGACACGGCCACGUACGCCCGCCAGAUGAUGUUCACCACCACGCUGCUCAUCGUCUUCUUCACCGUCUGGGUGUUUGGGGGCGGGACGACGCCCAUGUUGUCAUGGCUACACAUCAGGGUCGGUGUGGAUCCAGAUCAAGACCAGCAGCCUUGUGGAGACAGCUUCCAGGUCCUCCAGGGGGAGGGCUCUGAGGCCGAAGGACAGAGUAAAACCAAACAGGAGAGCGCGUGGCUCUUCAGACUUUGGUACACCUUCGAUCACAAGUAUCCUUUCUGUACCUGACCCUGGUGGACACUAGAGAGAAUGCAGCUUUAACACAUGAAGCACUGCCUCCACUCAUCAGAACCGCAGGUUGCCUCCUGGUUCUACUGGCCGUUUUGUCUCUUAUACUUGUUGGAUAUUAUUCAUAUGUAAUUCCAGGUUGGAUUCCUCUCGUGUCCCAGCACAGCAGAGGUUAACACGUUCUGACGGAGAGCCUCUCUCCUCAAAGGGACCGGUGACCCGACCACUUGAGCUGGGCAUUCAUGGGUUUAUUCCCAGAAUGCAAUGCAGCCUGACUAAUAACAAACAUGGGCCCACUCUACUGCCAAGCAUCCCCAAAAUGAUUUCUACCCUCAGCUGCUCACAGAAGACUUCAGCUCCAAAUAGAUCCUGCUGGCAGUCCUCAGCGUUAUUAAAACAUAAUUCAUCACUUGAUGUUUUUAUUGUCUGUUAUUCAGAGUCCACCGCCAGUUUGAACCGCUUCCUGCUGAAUUAGCUACUAAGUGUUUUAUCAGAUGUCAUGGCACCGCUCUCUAAGAGCCGGUAACCAAUGGCUUUAUUCACGGUUCACUUAUCACAAGAAGUUAAGGAAAUAAUAAGAAAUGUUACGGAACAAGAGGGCUCCGAGUUCUACAACAGAC